GUCAGGCAUUAUGUUAACAAUUCCUUUUAAGAUAUCUAAAAUAAUGAGUUUGCGCUAAUCAUCAUAAGAUCAUCAAUCAUAUUAUAUUCCGUAAAGUAAAUAACGGAAAGAAACUUUUGUAUAACGUUGUUUAAAAAUAUUCAAUUUUUUCGCAGAAGUUAUUCGUUUGCCGGCAAUCUUGAUUAUUUAAGACAUUAAAUGUUAUUAUUUUGACUAUAUAUUUACGAUCUUGAAACAUUAUUGGUUGCAUUUGGUCUCGAGUGUUCACUGAUGUUUGUGAUCUCUUUUUGUAAAUCCUAUACAAUGAUAUUGCCGAUAUCGGUGAUAAAAAUGUCAUGUAUCAUUUUUCAACCAUAUGAAAUUCAAUUCGCGAAUGAACACGGUAGCGCCAUCUCUUGGUGUGACUGUGAACGCAUUUCCAAAUGAUAUUUUUAUUUCCACAUACAUUAUAAUUUAUAUUAUAGAAGUCAUUUCAUAUUCAAUUACACACAAGUAAUAUAAUAUUAUCAAAUUAUCAAAUAUUUGAUAAUAUCGAUAUUUAGCAAUAUGUGUAAACGCUAAAUUUAGCAAAGAACUAUGGUCCCUAAAUUACAAAAUUAAUACAGAAUUUAAAAACUCAUGCACCAAGUGUCGAUGUCACAAGUAAUAUUCUUCGAUUAACUUUUAUAUAAUUCUUCAGCAUCUUUCCGUUUCAGGAUGUGUACCGACGAUCACAUCAUUGAUAUUGUUUGGAGAUCAAUAUGGCGUCAGACAUCGUCGGACUUCGGACAUCGUCGUACAACACCAAUGUUGAUGGUCGGCCGCCGGCUCAUUUCAACGUGAUCAUCUUUGAGUGCUUCGUAUGUUGUCGAUCGUACUUCGUGCUGUUCCUGAGGAUGGAAGAGGAUCGUUCGAUAAAGCUCGCUCAUAAGGAAUGGCGUCGCAUCGCGAAGAAGGAGCGUCGCAGGCGUAUACGACGGUCAAUCGCACAGGAACGUGAUGCCAAUAAAGAACGUUUGAGGGCAGCACUCGAAAACAAUAUGGCAUAUUUGAAUUUCUGCGCGGAAGAAGAAAAGCAGAGGCAAGAUAAAGAAGCGCAGGAACAAAAGGAACGUGCGGAACGAGAGAGGCUCUGGCUGGAAGAAGAAAUAAGAGCACAGAAAAAGUGGCAAGUUCUUCAGGAACAGAUAGCGAAGGAAGAGCAGGAGAAACAUGAGCAAGAGAUGAAGAUACGCGAAGAAUUCGAGGCAAAGCGUGCGGCAUUUUUAAAGAAAAAAGAGGAGGAAAGGAAACAGCACGAGGAGCAACUUCGUAAACAAGAACAAUUGCAGAAGGAGAUCGACGAUUACAUCGAUAACGGAGUAAAAACGCCCGAAGCUUUGCGCGAGGUCGUCGACAAUCAGCCUACCAAGAUACUCUGUCCAUUUUUUACGAAAACAGGUGCUUGCCGGUAUGGAAACGCGUGCUCCAAGAAUCAUCGUAAAAUCUUUUUGAGCAAAGUGAUCAUGAUACCCGGAUUUUAUUCACACUUUUCUCUCGAGAAGAAUUCAGCGGAAUACGACACCGACGUGGCGCUCGAGUUCGAGAGUUCAGAAAUGUUGCGUCACUAUCACGAGUUUUAUGAGGAUGUGAUAGGCGAAUUGGAGUCGUUUGGCAGGAUUAAGACCCUUAAGUGUUGCCGCAAUAGGGAGAUUCAUUUGCGCGGUAAUUUGUACGUUGAAUAUUACACGGAGAGAGAGGCGGCUAGAGCUUGGAGGAACCUGAAGGGACGUUGGUACGGCGGCAAGCAACUCAACUGCGAGUUCGUCAACAUGAUAUCCUGGAGAAAUGCCGUUUGCGGCAUACUCGAGUGCCCGAAGGGCAGUAAAUUCUGCAAUUUUCUUCACACCCUCAAAAAUCCGCACAGCAGGUACAACAUCAAGAGUUCCCGACGGCCAAAGAACAAACCACAAGACUCGAAUAACAGCAAGCGAAGCGAACAUAGAAGUAAAUCCGAAUGGGAAGAAUCCGAUCGAGAUGACGGCGAGAAAGAUCGCAACUGGAGAUGGUCCAAAUCGCCCGAGACUGACUUGGAUCGCACGAAAGAUUCAGAGACGGAACAUCCCCAUUCCACGAAACGGAAACAAUCGCAAAGAUCGUCGAGCGAUCAAAAACAGAGGAGAAGUGUAAAAUCAAGCGUGAGAAGUUCUAAGAUCAAAAUAUCGUCUAAGAAGAAGGGUUACCGAUCAGAUCGUAAGAGACCUCGUGACAACGAAGAUCAGAAUAAGGAAGACGCGUCCAACGGUCGCUCUCCUAAAAGGCGUAAAAAGAAAUCUCGAAAGAAAGACAAGAAAAGUAAAAAGUCAUUAGAAGAAAACACUAAAAAAUCAGACGAGAUGUAGAUCCGAAAGGAAGAAGUAUUUAAAGAGAUGUUCCUGAAAAAAGAAUCCAAAGCUUUUAUGCAGGCUGUAAAGAUGAGUCGAGCGGCUGUAAUCCUAAUACCUAAAAGAUAAUUUUAUCGAAGCGAUGAUCUCAAAUAAACAAAAGGAUAAUUUUUUAUAUCAUUGCUAUCGUUGAAUAAUGAAGUAUUUUUUUACGUAACUAUUACGAUUCUGUUUGUACAAUAGUUCUGACUGAACUGAUUCAGUUCCAUCUACGAGAUGUUGUAGAUAAAAUAUUUUUGUUUGAAAUAUAUGUUACGUAAAUCGUGUA